CAAUGAAAUCCCGGGAUGGGGGCUUGUCCGUGCGUGCGGAAGACGUCUGGGUGUGACUUCCGGCAUCUUCCUUGCGGCGGACAUUUUGUCCGUUCUUGGCUCGCUUUACAUCAGCAAAUGUUCUGGAUCCCUGGGUCGGGUUCGAGGUUAACAGGAGCGGGCUCCUAUGACGGCGGCCACGGUGAUGUACCCUGCGUUCCCCGGGCCCUCAUCCGUCCCAUUUCCCAACUCCGAAUCAUCAAGUCCCGAAUAAGGGCAACUUGCUCAGGCUGUUGGCAUGGACCAAAGGAUGCAGGGGCACCUUCUGACAAGAGUGCUUCUGUAGGAGUGUCACAGGCUAGUGCUCCCUAAGCAGGUUUGUCCACCCAGACGAUCCACCCUUGUGACAUAUGUGUUCCCAUCUUGAAAGACAUUUUGCACCUGGCUGAGCACGAGGGGCCACACCAUGAACUGAAACCUUACACCUGUGGGGCAUGUGGGAGACAGUUCUGGUUCCAUACAGACCUUCACUGCCGCUUGAAGCAGUGCAAUGUAGAGAAACCUUUCUGAAGGAAUGAAGGCAGAGCCUCGUUUGUGAAGAACUGCAGAGUUUAUGAAGAAUUUCACCAGUCAGAGAAGUGCUCUAGUGAGGAGGAGUGGAAGAAUUUCCAGGCCAGCUCAAGCAGUCACCAGCAAAAGGUCACCCACAACAAGAGGAAGACACGCAGGAACACCAAGGGUGGGGAAGUCUUUCAUACUGGACAAAUGGAUUACAAGUGCAGCGACUGUGGGAAAGUCUUCAGCCGUAAAGAUACAUUUAUUCAGCACCAGCGAAUCCACACUGGAGAAAGGCCUUAUGAGUGCAGUGAAUGUGGGAAAGCAUUCAGCCGCAAAGACAAUCUUGUUCAGCACAAGAGAAUUCACACUGGAGAAAUGCCUUAUAAGUGCAGCGAAUGUGGGAGAUACUUUAGUCAUCACUCCAAUCUUACCGUACACCAGAGAGUUCACACAGGUGCAAGGCCUUAUGAGUGCAAUGAAUGUGGGAAAGUCUUCAAACACAAAUCCUCACUUGUUCAGCAUGAGAGUACCCACACUGGAGAAAGUCCUUAUGGUUGCAGUGAAUGUGGGAAAUCCUUUAGUCACAAGUACAUUCUCAUUAAACAUCAGAAAAUUCACACUGAGAUAAGACCUUACGAGUGCAUUGAAUGUGGAAAACUAUUUAGUCAAAGUUCUGACCUUAUGGCACACCAGAGAGUUCACACUGGUGAAAGGCCUUUUGUGUGCAGUGAAUGUGGGAAAGACUUCAUCAGAAGUUCCCACCUUGUUCGGCAUAAGAGAGUUCAUACUGGAGAAAGGCCAUAUGAGUGCAGUGAAUGUGGGAAGACCUACAGCUUAAGCUCCCACCUCAUUCGGCACCAGAAAGUUCACACUGUAGGAGGGCUUUAGGAAUGGCGGAAUAUGCACUUAUUUAUCUUGUUUAAGACAACAGGACUCACAGAGGAGCUCUGUGGCUAGCCUUUGGGAGGGAGCCAGCAGUCAGAUGUUAAACCUCAUAUAUCUGAACAUAUAUACUGGCAAGGCACUUUAUGAGUGCCAAGUACGUGGGAAGCUUUCAGAAACUAUGUUGCACUUUGUAGUCUGCUCAGGUUCCUUAUCAAAGUAUGUCACUACCAAUGCCUGUGGCUGGAAACAUAUCAACCCUACCGUCUAUCGGGACCUUAGUCACCCCACCAUCCUUAGGGAAGGCAGAUGUCUGUACUUUUCUCUCCAUACACUGGAUUGAAUCAUGAGAAUCCUGGGUUCUAUGGGGUCCUCAUUUCCUCCCCUCCAACUGGUGUAGGUGUGGACAUGACCCAUCUUUGGCCAAAAGAACCUGAGCUGUGUUCUGCUGGUGGUUUGCAGAGAAGGUUUACUUUCUUCAUGAAUAUCAUUGCUCUCACUUCAUGCAUGUGAUGAAUUUUUCCAGCCUCUGAAUUGCCCAACCCAGAGACUUUUUGCCUUACAUUGCCCUUGUGUGUGCAGUAAUAAAGACCUUACUGUUCAUGCCACCUGUAAUCUUGGGGAUUCUUUUCACUCUCUGAGGUGAUUUGAGAACAGAAUUAGGCUUGAGACCUUUAACUUUGUGUAUCUCAGAAGAUAUGGCAGGUUGGCAGAGAACCGUUUUCAGUCCAGUUUUGUUAAUUUCUAUUGCUGCCAAAAGCUUCUUAGGUAAGCGUGUAUGGCAUUGUGGGCCUCAUCUUGCUUGGCUUUCAGAGUUAUCUUAAGGCCCAGACAUCACCUUGAGGAGGGGCCAGUUUUUGUGACAACCUCCAGUGUUUGGGAGCAGCAUGAAUGGGAUCUUUUAUUUCCAGCAGGGCUUCAAACCAGAAUGGAACUGAAACUGAAAAAAACCCCAAAAUUUUCACCAGAGUGAAACCAAAACCUGAAUCCAAAAAAAAGGGUUUUUUCAACCCAAACUGAGACCCAAAACCAUUAUUUUUUUGCUCCACUGUUUUCGAUUCAAUGAUAAUUUUUAAGUUGUAAACAAGACCAUUGGACUAUUUGCAUUUGGCACCCAUGUAUGCAGAAUGCUUCUCUGGCACAUGGCUGGUAAAGGCACAGUUCAAGCAGUGUUGUGCAGCUGCAGCUAUAGGUGAUGUUUGCUGUUAUGCAAGGUUAUUCACAGGCAAGUCCGAGUUCGCUACUUCGUUCCAUGCUUGACUUCUCACAGUAAUGCAAGUUGUGCCUACCAAAGAUGUGGGAAACGCUUAGCGAUUGAGAACACUCGUGGUCAGAAAUCUGAAAGAGCUAGUUAAACUGCAUCGAGUUGUAAACAGAGUUCCAUGUGAAUGAAAAUUGUCAGGUGAGUGUAAACAUUUUAAAUGUACAUUUUUCACAUUUUUUAAGUAUAUUUAAAUUCAAGAAAUAGAAAAUAGUGUAUAAUUUUUUGAUGAUUCCAUUCUUACUCAGUUUAGAUUUAAAUGUACUAUUACACAUUGUACUUACAUGUUUCGAUUUGAUAUAUAUUUUACAAAUUGAAAUGUUAACAAACAU